AUGGCUCGUCGUCCCGCUCGUUGCUACCGGUACUGCAAGAACAAGCCGUACCCCAAGUCCCGCUUCAACCGCGGUGUCCCCGACCCCAAGAUCCGUAUCUUCGAUCUUGGACGCAAGAAGGCGACCGUCGAUGACUUCCCUCUCUGCAUCCACAUGGUCUCCAACGAGUAUGAGCAGUUGAGCUCCGAGGCCCUCGAGGCCGCCCGUAUUUGCGCCAACAAGUACUUCGUCAAGACCGCCGGAAAGGAGUCCUUCCACCUCCGCGUCCGCGCCCACCCCUUCCACGUCGUCCGUAUCAACAAGAUGUUGUCUUGCGCUGGUGCCGAUAGACUUCAGACCGGUAUGCGUGGUGCCUGGGGUAAGCCCAACGGCACUGUCGCCCGUGUCAACAUUGGCCAGAUCAUCAUGAGCAUCCGCACUCGUGACUCCAACAAGGCCGUUGCCCUCGAGGCCCUCCGCCGCUCCCAGUACAAGUUCCCUGGUCGCCAGAAAAUCAUCAUCUCCAAGAACUGGGGCUUCACUCCCCUUCGUCGCGAGGAGUACCUCGAGAAGAAGGCUGCUGGCCGCGUCAAGGUCGACGGUGCCUACGUCCAGUUCCUCGCCAACCACGGCUCUCUCGAGCAGAACAUGAAGCGCUUCCCCGAUGCCUUCGCCUCCGAGGCUUAA